CAGCAGUCUACAUCAGCAUCUCUGGAUGUAUACAUGGCAUCGCCGUGUCGCCCAAUGUCUCUCGCGCUAUUUUCUUUUCUUUUCCUGCAGAUAUCCUCGUCUUAUGAGCAGCUGUCUGCCUUUGUGGAAGGGAGUUCAGAUGACAGACCAUCCCAAGGCAUCAGACUUGAAGAAAAUGGGGUUGACGGUGUCAGUUCGGUGUUUGUGGCUGAAGCACGCCUCAGACGAGCUCUGCAGCCGUACGGAUGGCAGCUACACGCUCCUCCACGCAGGAAGUUGCUGCAGUAUGCAGGACUGUUGCCGUACUCGCCUCUGAGUGUGACUUACAACGGUAAAACCUGCAUCCUCUUCAGAGUGCGCAAACUGGCCAUCAGGUACAGAAAUCACAGUUUAGUGGAUCUGACGGAGAGAACGUUCGGCCCGGAUGCACCAGUCGACACCAAAGGCUCAUUCUGCAGUAAAGAUAAAGCCAUACUCAGUCUACGUUUUGGUGAUGUGGAAGAUCUUCGAGGACUCACAAUCAGGCUACAAAUGUCAAACACGUUCUACAAUUCGGCAGGGCAGAACUGGUUCACUCUCGAUAACGUUCACAUUCACUACAACUGGACGUACGAGGCCACGUUCAAUGCAACAGAUGUGUAUGCGCCCUCCACCAACUCGUAUCACUGCCAACACGUGAGCAGUCUGCAGAAAUACGACACGCUGCUGGUGCCCAGCGCCAACACGGACCAUGCCGCAAACUGGCACAUCACAUUCACAGACUUUCAGAUUCAGGCAUUCAACGUUCAGUCCAGUAAGUUUGCGUCGGCCAGCGACUGUGCAACCUUCUUCACUCCUGCGAUCCUGAUGGGUCUGAUCACAUCUCUGAUCCUACUGCUGGUGCUGGCGUACGCGCUGCACAUGGUGGUACAUCUAAAGCACAUCGACCGUUACGAAGAGCACAAGACCACCGUAUACUUCCCUCGCAGCACAGAAGCCGAGUGCACAGAGAAGAACAACCUCUAGGGUCCCUUCACAGGUCAUGACAUGGACAGUUCCCUGACUGUGAGCUCUGGAACUAAAAACACUGGCAUCCAAUGGCAGACUCCACAACUGCACGUGGGACACAGGGCUGUUUGGGACUGACUGCACCACGGCAGUGACAUCAUUGUGGUGGGACAGUGGAAGUCCGAAUCAGGUUCCUUACAGAGCUUACAGGCUCAGUAUAAAGAGAGGAUUUGGAGAUAUCUGUCCGUUCUCACCAAAAAUCUAGGAAAUAAACAUUCAGUGUCAAGGGUUCGUGAGCGGUUUCCUGAAGGAGAUCUUCAGAUGUUUGAAUGCAAUUCGAAAUAGCACAGUAACCAAUAUUUAGCAUUUGCAUUGUCUGUCUAAGCUUGUGUUGGACUGAUCAUGACCAGUUUUAACUAAUACUGAUGCUUCUUUAAAGUCAACAUGAAACUUCCAUAAUGUGACCGUAAAUUUCAUUCCAUAAUAUUUUGUGUAGCACGGCGAGACUUAAUUACAUCCAUCAGGGAUUAAUUGGAUGGUGAAAAAGUGGUCUCUGUAUGACAGGAGGUUAGAAGGGAUUUUGCUGAAUGAUUACGAAGACCAUCCUUUUUGUUUUUUGCUAUAAUACACAGAUGAAUCAUUCACAAUAAGGCCAGAAACAUGCAUUAAGAAAAUAUAAAGGUCAGUUUGAAUUUCAUGUUGACUUUAUAGUUUCAAACUGUGAAUAAACCAUUAUGAUGUAAUAUAGUUUUAAUUAGCAAAAUUUUACAAAUGACUUCUGAUCAAGUGUUUAGCACAGUAAAAAUGUAAUCCGUUUUUAAUUGGUUGAAAAUGUUGUAUUACUUAAAAGAAUAAACUUCCCCUUUGAUUAAAAGGUACGCUAUUAAACGAAAAACUCGAAUGAGUACUAAAACACUGAAGUAAUGGUUUCAAAACAGCAAAUACAAUGUAUACUUUUUAAAAACUUUAUUCCAAAAAAUGAGGAAUCACUUUUAUUCAUUACUAAUGUUAUUUUCAAAAGAUGUAUUUUUAAAAUGAUCAUGUUAUGGCAUUUUUGUGUAGAUUGUAUGUUGUUGGUUUUGUAACUUCUUGUUUUCUUUUUUUUAUUAGUCUCUUGUGUAUGCUUUGGCUGUAUGGUGAGGACGCCAACUUCCUAUCACAACUUGUUGAGUUUUUAAAUCAACAACUAUUGAAGCAAAACAACAAUUGCACCAACAUGACGUUUGUUAGUGAAUAUGUUAUAGACAUUUCGGAACCAAAAUAAUCUGAUUUGCAUUGUACCAUGUCCUGUAUAUUGGUAAUAACCAUAAUGUGCUAAAGUAAGGGAAAAUAUGUUAUUUUUUCAUGUACACAUGUAUUUGGGAACAUAUUAAUAGCUUAACUUUGUUCAGCAGACAUUUAUUCAGAUAAAAUGGAGCGUUGUGAAAUGGGCUAUGAUGUACUAUUAAUGUUUGAUGAUUAUUGUCUUCUCAGUUUCUGUUGAGUUCAAUAAAAUCAGCA